CAGAAUAGAACGAUCACGCAGUAGGGUCCGUAAGACUUCUUGAGAUUUUCUAUGAAAUUUGUAAGAAUAUCUACCACAUCUGGAGCCCUUUACUAGCUGAAAUCCACAAGCUUGGAUGGACGAUCAGGACAGAAUGAGUCAGGCGUCCAGCAAUACCACAGUUUCCUUUCUGCCAGUUAGAGACAAGUUUCCUGAAAAGGUGCAGACAUUUGGAAAGAGGUGUCAAGCAGUUAAGAGAGACCCGAACUGCCCUGUGGUCAUCAGAGGAUGGCUCUACAAGAGGGACAGCACUGGGUUGAAGUUAUGGAAGAGAAGAUGGUUUGUUCUCUCUAAUUACUGCCUGUAUUAUUAUAAAGACAGUAGAGAAGAGUCCGUGCUGGGCAGUAUUCCUCUUCCCAGCUACAAGAUUCUGUACUGCUCCCCUAGAGAGUGCAGGAACCGUAAAUAUGCAUUCAAGGUUGUCCAUCAGGGGAUGCGCCCAUAUAUUCUUAGUGCUGAUACUCAGGAGGACAUGUUGGGCUGGGUCAGGGCUCUCAGCCAAUCAGCAAGCAUGGAAGCUGAUGACUUCAUCAACAGACGCUGUGCCAGUUUUCAGGACUUCACUCAGAUGAGGGGUGACACUGAAACUAUGGAGCUCCAGCACACGGCAACAUUUCCAGAGAGGUAUGCCCAGAUUGCAACGAAAUUGACCAGGGUUCAGACAGAACCAAGUCUGCUUGAUCAACACCAGAUGACGCCAGAACUGAGGGGAAGACACGAGACUAGACAGAGAGCUUCUGAGGAUACCGAGGGCAUUCCGAAUUUAAAAAAUGCAGAUGAGGAGCAUCUUUCCUUCUUAUUUCCGAAAGCAUCCUUGGGAACGCUUCCUCCAUUUCAGUAUGGGUCACAGUAUCACGGUUUUACGAGCAGAUCAGAUGUUUGGCCACUGGAUAAUUACUCAAAUUCUCCCCUGUCACCCUGUAUCUACACAGUGGCCUCAGAGAGAGGACAUCUACCUGACAAGGCAUGUUCACUGUGCUACUGCUCUAACUAUCAAACAUCAGAACAUGUGACAAUGUGCAAGACAGGGCAAUCUGAUAUCCUCAUGGAAAGGGAAAUACAGCCAAUCAGAGAUCUAGAAAAUGAUACAGAUGUGGUGCUCACUCGUUUGUGUGGUUGUGAUAAAGUACUGCAGUCACUUUCUAUGCAAAUGGCUCAGUUACAGGCAGAUAAGAAAAGUGUAGAGUAUACUUUAGAAAUGAGAUGGCUGGAGAUGGAGGACGAAUUUCAUGGAGAACAAAAAGUGUCCCAGAAGGCUUUGCUUCAAGAGGAACUGGUCACACUGAGAGCCAGAAUAUGUGACGUGUCACUGGAGAUGGAAAGAUCGUGGAGUGAUUAUGAGCGAAUGGAGAGCGAGCUGUCUGUUUUCUAUUCACAUUUACAGCACAUUCUUCACUUCGGAACGCCACAGGAGCAGUGUCAGGCACAGAGGCAACUCUGGAUGAUGGAGGAUAUCUUGUGCGGUCUCCGAGUAAACAAGAGCCGCUUUAUGGGCUUACUGGGUCUACAGACACAGGGAGUUCCCCAGCCAGUUUCCUACUUUGAGGGCGAGUUAGGAGCUCACAACAUGGAGAUGCAGCAUCAGGACUUUAUGAAAACUCCCCAGAGCUGUAAGAGAUGGCCCCAAGAGAGCUCUGCCCAUGAGAGCAGAACAACCACUGAACAUGACGCCACCGAAUCCCUGCAUGAACCGCUGCAUUUGACGCGUGUUUUGACGACUACUCUUCCAACAGCAUUAAUUGCUGAGCGAAUUUUCGUAGAGGACCCCCCUCCUGACCUGCAAAUCUCCCAGCAGUCAGGACUCAAGAAUAGCAAGAGGAGCACUCCAAAGAAACCAAGCAGAAUGUUGCAUGAGAUGGCUGAUAAGAACAGAAAUAUCCACUGGGCAGAUAUUUCAGAGGAGAGGCCUCAAAAGCAAUCGGCACAAAAUCCCAACAGUCGGGCCAAAGAUAAGGAACUUUCUACAAUGUCUGAAAGGAAGGGCUGGGCAUACCAACAGCAUGAGCUCGAGCCUGGAGCCUUAAGCCUAACAAACUCUGAAUCUGACUGUGAACCUGCCGUGACCAAUCAGAAGCGAGAAACUAAACUCAGACAAACGGAGCACAGAGUUUUGAGUGCAGCCAGAGAGAACUUCAUAGAAGAUAUUCAUCCGCUGAAACUCAUUACGGCCAAUGAAAAAGAGACAGACAUCAAGAAGUACACGUCAGAUUCGGCUGUUCUACAUAUGAGCAAUGGCUACAGAGGUGACAGUCGCAAAACCCAAAACAACAGCAAACUGCCGGUCAACUCAGUGAUGCCGCAGAGUGAUGAUGCAAGAGUCCACACUGAACUGGAGGAUGUGACAUCACACCAAUCACCUUCCAAUGACAUCAUUGUUAUAGAGAGUCACUCUAUUAAUCACAUUUCAACUCUCACUGUAUUUAAGGGACAUCAGGGAAACAAUCACACAAGCAAACCUCAAAAAAAGAAUAGAAGUUCUGACCGUCAAAAGUUUUCCGUCUCCACUAAUCUGAAAUCAGAACGUAUUCUGUCAAAUAAACAAUGGUGCGAGUCAGUCCCGGCCUGCGUUCAUGAUCCAAAACCUCAAGUAUCUAUCCCUUCAGUGGAACACCAACAAUCAGACCAAGAAUCCAAUCAAACACUUGCCAGCCAAAUAAUUGAAAACAUCUCAUCAUCUGGACAAAGUAUUUUGUCUGAACCUGUACACCCAACAAGUGUUUCACAGGAGCCAGAUGUGGAGGAAAACACGUUCAUAAUGGCAAAACUUAAUCAAACUAAUGGAAAAGGCUCCAUAAACCUAAAAGAAGUAGGCCUACCCAAUCAACAACCAGACACUCAAAUUAAUCAAACAACCACGACAUCUGACAAUCAAUUGAUGUGCGCUUCUGAUCAAUCGAAACUAGAGCAGCGCAUCUAUGAGGAAAUCCAGUUUAGUUCACCCAGAUCAAAAGAUGUCAACAGGAAGAGAAAUACUAGUAGCGGAGAUGAAACACGUUUAUCAAACCUCACCGUACAUGAUGAUCUUGCACCAUCACACUCACUCAAUUACAAAGCUGCCAGUGAAGUUAAUGGUGAGUACAGUACAAUAAAUAUAGAGGGGAAAAAAUGUCAGGAGGUGUCAAAGAGUAGAACAGGAAAUGAUGUCACAUGCAAGACAGGGAAAGGGCAGACUAUUUACAGCCCUAUCACGAAGAGUUCAGUUGUCGUCAACCAUCACAUACAGGAUUGCAGGCCACGCAUAACAAUGGUAAGCACCAGCCUGUAGAAUGAGUUCGUUUAGAGCAGUGGUUCUUAACUGGCGGAUCACAACCCAAAAAUGGGUUGCAUGUCUGUUCUGUCACAGACAGCAGAGAAAAACAAUGCUAAAUGGGCAUCUUGGUCAUUUUGUAUACAUCGAGUACUCGAGGGGCAACGACAUGCACGUAACAUAUAUUAGUAUAUCAAUAUAUAUAAUAACAUUUCUGACAAAUGUCUUUGGCCACUGCAUUGCGUCUUGUUGUUCCAGUGUAUCGUUGUGGCAGGGCGGAGGGCAGGGCCGUGUCGUGAUACUGCACACCCGGCCCCUAAUCAGGCUAAUUAUCCCUCUAGAGGGAUAAAGUCCGACCGAAGACGGCAGUGUGACACAGAGAGAGAUUUACGGGCAGCUGUCUGACACCUGUGUGUGUUCGUCAAGCCGGUUCUCGCCUCCUCCUUUCCCUUUAAUCCCUUUGAACUGGUGCCGAAACAUGGAAGGAGGAGGGAUGCUUCAUAGUCUAGUUCUCGCCGCUACCAUCCACUCGAAAGGAGCAGCCUCGGCCAUCCUCCAGAGAAAGGAGGAGCCUGGCCGCCUGGAAGCAGAUGAUCGGUCACCGACCGCGAGGGGAGGAGGGGCUCCCAACCAACUGCCUGGAGCGGUUACCGCUGCCAGGGGCGGGGGAGACCCCUACUAUCCACAAAAAAUGCGGCGGGGCGUUCCGUCCGCCAGGGGCCGGAGGAAUGCCUCCGAUCUACCCGGAUUUCGGCACCAGUGUAAAGGGAUUAAUAGAAAGGAGCUUGACAAUAUAAAAAAUAUUUUAAUUAUAAUCUCAUGACCCGGCCACGCCCUCCGCCCUGCCACAACCGUCUAUUGAUUAUUAUACGUUGUUAUAAAAUAAUCUGUUACAAAAUGUACAAAAGAUCAUAUUUUGUCAUCAUGUGAAGAUUCGGUGCCCAACUCAAUGAAAGAAUGUGCACAACACGCGUCUCUCUGUUCUUUCUUCUGGUUACUGAAAUAAUCUUAGUAAGUGCGCACCAGUUUUUUGUGACUGUCUGAACCAUCUAUUUUCAAAUCUUGGUUGGCUUAACAGGAGACGCCAUAACCAUCACAUUUUUAAUAUGAGUGUUAAGCUGCAUUCGGUUCAAUUUAGCUGCGCUCUGUCUUGCUGUUUGAAACACUCGCCUGCUGUAAAUGCGCUGCUACAGCGUGUUGAGUCCACUGCCACACUCGUGCCAGUGUUCGCUCCUGUGGGGAAAGCCACGAUGCUCCUUAUUGUUGUUGCUGUGAUGAUUCAUGAAGCAUUCAUUCAACUCGGAGAGUCCGAAUUUCCACCUUUCAACUGGGUAUAGUGCAGCGGAAUGACAUUUUAUGUCAGACAUCUUACUUGGAAACUUGUACAAAAAUAAUAUACUCCCCAUUUCGUUGAGAUGCAGGUGUGUGUUACAUCACGCAAACAUGUCGGCGCCUAGGGCAGGGAGGUUUACAGUCAUUGACUGUAAAGAGAUCAAUGGAAAGGAGGAGGCGAGAACCGGCUUGUCAAUAUAAAUAAUAGUUUAAAAUAAGACUUAAACAAAAGACAAACACACACAUGACGGACAUGUCCGUAAACUAUCUCUCUCUCCCGCACAAUCCCCUGCAGUCGACCUUUAUCCCUCUUGGGAGGCUUGAUUAGCCUAAUACGGGACCGGAUGUGUACAAUCACGACCCGGCCCCGCCCUCCGCCCUGCCACAUUGACAAACAUUCACUUUUUGUUAAAUAAUAUCCAUUACCAAGUCAAAGUUCUUACAUUAAAUGAUGAUAAAUCAUGUUUAGCAAACACUUGCAGAGAUAGGUGUUUAAAACACGGUUACUCUUUUGAUUGUCGCAACGAUAGCAUUGCAGCGUCGUAUAUCAGUUUGGUUGCUAUGGGAUGUCUAUGACAAUCAACGUACCCCUCAAAAUUAAAAAAUUAAAAAAAAAAUGUGUUUAGUUGUCAGGUAAUUGUCACUAAUUUUCUAAUAAAGUGAAAAGUCGCAUCAUACAUGAUUACCAUCGAUCAUCGUUUUCAUGAUCGAUCAUUGCUGCCACGUCCGAGUACCAGAGCACUUGAGUAUUCAUGCACAUCCCUACUAAAUACAAUUAAUAAAUGCAACUAAACUAAUUGUGCAUAAUUAGGAUAGCAAAAUAAACUUUAUCAACAAUUUUCCACUUCUGUUGUUGUUGAUGUUAAAGGCUCUACAACCAAUCAAACCAACAGUAUUUUGGAGCAAAUUCUAAAAGUUUGCCAAAUUUGUCAGAUGCCAACAUGAAGAGAUUAAACAUUUGGUACUUCGUGUUGAACUCUGAAGAAAAAACUAGUUGAGAUUCCAGUGGUUUAGGAGAGUUGAUGAAAGUGUGAGGGAAAGAGGCAAUAAGACACACAAAAGAGAUACAUUACAGAUAAUAAAACAGCACAGAUGAGAAGUGGACAGGCGGUAAAGCCGUCAUGAAAGGAAUUAAUAAAAAAGAACCCAUUUCCAUUCAUUAUAUGAUGAACUGUGUGUAGUUGGAUAUUGUACCAUGCUAUUAGAAGAUUACAAGAAAUGCAACCAGUCCAAUAAGGAUGGGAAUGAGAAAUAGCUACCAGUUUUCGUUGAGAAUUGGUCACAGACUUGGCAUUUAGGAACAUAAGACUACAUUUAGAAAAUGUAUUAACUGACCUGGAUAUUUUACACAUUGCAUUAAUCAAUUAUCAGCCAUUUUUAUAUCGGUGUGACUACUACUGUCUAACAUUGUAAUCUCAUGUGUGGAUAAUCAAUGACUUAUGAUUUCGCCAAGUAGGACAUCGUUGAUGAUCCUGGAGCAACAUUUGUAUUGACCCUUUAUGUUUGAUAUUGAGGAACACUCCCUGCUUGGCAAAAUCAGUCACUGUGGCUUAUGGUCUGAAAAUGUUAGAAGUGAUUUUAAUAAAAGAACUUUGUACUUUCAUGUGUCAUAUUCUGAGGUAUGUAAUGCUGCUUUUAUCGUUUUAUCUCAUUAAACUGUUUUAA